CCGGUCGCAGUCAGAGCACCUUGCGCUUGCCUCCUGAAUCCCAGCAGCACAGUAUAAAAGCCAGAGGCAGCAGUGGACGGGAUGAGAGAUCUCCAUCAGGAUAUGAGACUCGCAGAUCUACUCCGCACACUCAUUCAGAUACGAACGAUUCCACGAUAAUCACUGAUUAGUCACCAAAAGAGGGAUGAAGACCAUCAACUUUUUUACCGAUUUGUUUCUUGUAUUCGUAGCCAGUGAUGCGAGCGCUUGGAUUAUCAGAAAUGCGACUGAAACGCUCACCGGAACCAAUCUCACUAUCAAUAAAUCGGAAAUGGGUGAUGACGGAUUGGCAUCCAUACCCAAAUCAAGGCGAAAACGGUACAUUUCUCAAGAUGACAUGAUAGCAAUUCUGGACUAUCACAACAAGGUGCGCGCGAAUGUUUUCCCACCUGCAGCAAACAUGGAGUACAUGCUUUGGGAUGAAGGCCUGGCCAGGUCAGCAGAAGCUUGGGCAGCCACCUGUAUUUGGGAACAUGGACCUCCUUACCUUCUCAGAUAUCUGGGUCAAAACCUCUCAGUCCGAACUGGCUAUUACCGCUCCAUUCUUCAGCUGGUUAAACCUUGGUAUGAUGAGGUCAGAGAUUAUGCAUUUCCAUACCCGCAUGACUGCAAUCCCCGCUGCCCGAUGCGCUGUUAUGGACCCAUGUGCACACAUUACACACAAAUGGUGUGGGCGUCAUCAAACAGAGUCGGAUGUGCCAUCCAAGCCUGUUACAAUAUGGUUGUGUGGGGCGCUGUGUGGAGGGAGGCAACGUACUUGGUCUGCAAUUAUUCCCCUAAGGGCAACUGGAUUGGCGAAGCACCUUACAGAGUCGGUGUGCCAUGCUCAUCCUGUCCUCCAAGCUAUGGAGGUUCAUGCAGCAACAACAUGUGCUUUCCUGCCAUCAACUCAAACUUCAUGUACUGGUUUAAAUAAGCUCUCUGUCAUAUGUUUAAUGCAAUUUUACAGUAAUGUACUGUGUAAUAUAUCUUUUAAAUAUAUAUGCAUUUUGUACAGCAGAUUUAGCUGCUUUUUUGUAUGUGAUACUAUCGAUUCCAGAAAUGGUGCUAAUGUUAAUACAAUCUUAACAUGACUGUUUUAGGAUCAGCCAUCAUAUUGAUGCGCAUGAAUAGUAGUUAUAGUUUCUUCUGGUUCACAGAUCAAGUCUGUACUGAUCACUCAAUGUU